AUGUUAGUUAAAGCUAAAAAGCCGCAAUCUCUUGCUGAAACUGUAGUUUUACCUGUCUGCAAAGAAAUUGUCAAGAUAAUGAUCAGCCAAGAAGCUGCUAAAGAAAUUGAAAAAAUACCUGCUUCGGCAAAAACUAUUUCACGUCGAAUCAAUGACAUAUCUAAUGACAUUAAAUCGACGUUGAUUGAGAACUUGAGAUUUAGUGGAGUUUUUGCGCUACAAGUUGAUGAGUCCACUGACAUCAGUGGUCACGCGCAUCUCAUCUCAAAUGUUAGAUACAUUGAUGGAUGUGAAUUAAAAGAGGACUUUUUAUUUUGUCUGCCACUGCCUAACCAUACAACUGGUGAAGAAAUAUUUAAAGUAACGGACGAAUUUUUCAAUGAGCAUAAUUUGGAAUGGCAUAACUGUAUAAGUUUGCUCAGACAGCGCAGCGGCUAUGACAGGAAAGGUUAA